AUGCCACCACGAAAAGGCAAGUACACUGAUUCGCAAGCCAAUACUAGUAGCGACACCAUCGAAUGGAUCCACGAAAAGACCACAUCGAAACGAAUCCUGUGGACCAAAGAUGAUGUGGGGGACGGCAAGUCCACGAACACUGGUCAGGGUGUUGAAGGUGAAGAUAGCAUUCAAAAGGAGGUAAAACGAAUGUGUCCGUACUACUACACUCUUGACGACGUCAUGCGCGACUGGGCCUCGAUAACCCCGCUGGUGACGAGCGAAACCCUCUACAACGCAUCAUCGGGCGACGACGAUGAGACGCAGGACGACAAAAAGGCGCGGAGUUCUGCCAGGAAGCGAUCGGCUGCGUCCGAGAAGCUCGACGAAUGUGGCGACAUUAACGCUCGCGCAUACUAA